GAAAAAUGGCCCGAAACAAAGUGCUUGUUGCCGAUUUAUUCUCGGCUGCAUUAGGUUUAGUUUUCUGUGGUAUUGCCAUUGUAACACCUGGCUUCUUCAUUAAUCAGAAUAAAAGAAUGAGCAUCUUUUACUUUAACUAUAAAGAGACUGGAUCUGACUCAUGGUCAACAAAGACUUAUCUAGUUUAUGAUAAGGAACACGAUACGAAUGGAUUGAACCAGCUCUCAAUGAUAGAUGCGCAGUUGGAAAGCCUUAUUACUGUUGUUCUUGGUGGAAUCGGUUGGUUGAUUCUAUUGUCGAAUACCAUGAAAAAAGCGCCAAUUCCAGUGAUGUUUUUGACUGGUGGAAUAUUUCUACUAGUGGCAGUUACUUUAGAGUUUGCCCUGCUCCUUCGUUUUAUUGGAAUGUGUAUGCUGAUAUUUCUACAGUCGAUAUGGUUUCCAUACUCUUUUGUCCUUGUCAGUGUGUCCUUCGCUUUGCAUCUUUAUUCCGUUGUGGUAAUUCUUAUUCGCUAUAAAAGAGGCAGCGAGGAAGGAAAUAUUGACAACCAGAUGACGGAAAAUCCAGGUUGGAUUGGAAUUCACCAAGAUGUGAUUACAGACAAUGCAGAUGUGAUAGCAGACAACAGACCGGAAAUGAUGACAUAUAAUGAUGAUUAG